CAUGUCCACACCACACUCUUGUUUUAUACCCACGGAUUGAGGGAUCCUUAAUUUUCUCAUCUAAAGAAAUGAAUAAGGAUCACAAUGGGAUGAAAACUGCAGCAAGCAGUGAGUAUCAGGACUUGUUACCGGUGAUGGCGGAGACACUUGAUGCAGAGGCUUUUGUGUCGGAAUUAUGUGGGGGCUUUCGUCUUCUGGCAGACCCUGAGAAGGGGUUGAUUACAUCAGAUAGCCUGCGAAGGAAUUCGGCGCUUCUAGGGAUGGAAGGGAUGACGAAGGAAGAUGCGGAGGCUAUGGUGAGAGAAGGAGAUCUUGAUGGAGAUGGAGUACUCAAUGAAACAGAAUUUUGUACUCUGAUGGUGAGACUCAGUCCUGAGAUGAUGCAGGAUGCUGAAACCUGGCUCGAGAAAGCACUAGAAAACAAGAACUAAGGAAAUCCUCGCCUUGAUCUUUCCUGUUGUAACUUAAAAAGAGGUUGUCUCUUUAUGAUUAUGUUGUACGAGCAGGUUGUUGUUGAUGAGAAUGAAGUUCAAUUAAAAGUA